AACACUGUUAUCUGUCAGCAGAAAAUGUAAAAAAAUUGACAUUAAAUUAUUGACAUAAAUAUUCACAUGUGUUGAAUUUAUAUUACUUUAAAUGUGAAAAACCAUAAAAUGUUGAAAGACAAACAAUUUGAUAUCUUCAUCGCGAGCCAUAUCGGAUCAUUCAAACAUGUCAAAUACUACACCGACUUAUCAAAGAAUAGUAAAAAAUGCUUAGAGAAUCUAAUCGAUAUUAAAACUUUAGAAAAACAAGAUGGCAUCACAGCUAUGUCAUGGAGUGGUGAAGAACAGAUAGAAAUAUUAAUGGCAAAGAAAAAUGGAGUUAUACAAUGUUAUGAUACCGAAGAAGGGAAGUUUAUGAAAUCCUUCAGAAUAGACCUUGGUUCUAAAAGAGUGGUUGGUAUCGGACAGAGUCAUAGAGUACUGCUUCUCGGUGUAAGCAGCGGUAUUGUAAAGGUUUGGACUAACAUGAACGAAUCCAUGGUCUCAGUUGGAGGAAAAAUUGAUAAAAUGAAAAUAUGUCCGGAUGAUUUGACAUUAUUUGCUACAGGUGGUGAAGAAAAUGAUUUAAAGGUGUGGCGUGUGGGCGAGACAGAGCCUGUAUUCGCUGCAAAGAACAGACCACACGAUUGGUUACAACUACGAGUGCCCAUUUGGGUGUCAGACCUUACCUUCAUGCCGGGACAAGGAGGGAAUAUCUUAGCUGUGUGCUCCAGAUAUGGAUAUGUUAGAUUAUAUGACAUAAGGGCACAGAGAAGACCGGUGUGCAAUGUGGACUUCCAGAAUGGAAUGGCUGCUACAUGCUUGGAACCUAGCUUUGAUGAGAGACAAGUGCUAGUCGGUUUCGGUAGAGGUCAACUCCACCAAGUGGACCUGCGCAGGGGCAAGCCGGAUAAGGGUUACAAGGGCUGUGUUGGCGGGGUAACGGAUAUAGCUAUCCACCGGGAGCACAGGCUAGUGGUCACUACCAGCCUGGAUAGACAUCUCCGGGUGCAUAGCUAUGAUAGCAAGGAAUUGCUGUACAAGCUAUAUGUAACAUCAAAGCCAUCUAACUUGCUUCUACAAACAGCAAGAUCCACACCACUCCUCAAUCCGCCACAGUUUGAGGACAAACAGGAAGAGGAUAUCAAAGUGGAGGACUCGGAUGGGAUGGAUGAGAUAUUCGAGGAUAUGGUGCCAGUGCGUGAAAAACGUCGAAAGAAGGAUCUAAAUGAUGAAAAUACAAAAUUAGAACCAAAAAUAGAAGAUACUGAAGAUACAAAGCCAUCGACAGAGGGCAGCACUGACGUGGGUAUAGAGGACAGCGUAGAAGAGAGGGAGGCAAAGAUCAUGCAGCUGCUAAAGAGCACAGAGAGGCAGAAGAGAAGAAUAGAGAAGAGGAAAAGAGAGAAGAAAGCGAAAAGCGUUUUUCAUAAUGCUUGAAUAUAUUCUUAAUUAUCA